UAAAGUCCUCGCUGUAAUGUCAGCUGCGAUUAUUGUGGCCGCUGUUGUCGAUGGUGGAAUAUUGCUCAUUGUUUCCGAAUGUUUUCCCCUGGAAGAAAGCGGUACAGUUGCUCCGGGACCCGGAAGAUAUGAUGGGGGGAAUAUGAUGGAGGGAAAGACGGUCAUUGUGACCGGAACGAACAGUGGCAUAGUGAAAGCCGUUGCCGGGAAGCUGCACAAACUCCAGUGUUUAGUCAUGAAGGAAGAACAAAAAGUUGACGUGCUCAUCUACAACGCAGGCAUCUACCAGUGUCCCUACACCAAGACUGAGGAGGGUUUCGAGAUGCAGCUGGGGUUCAACCACCUGGGUCACUUCCUCCUACACCCACCUCGUCCUGGACCUCCUCAAGCUCUCCUGCCCCAGCCGCGUGGUGGUGGUCUCCUCCAAUCUCUACAAGUAUUGCAGCAUCAACUUUUCAAGACCUCAACUGUUGUGAUUUGUUUAAGUUAUUUUGUGUGUUCCUUAGCACAAAUCAGUUUGCAACGGAAAAUUAAAAAAAACGAAAGUUUCUUAUUUGACAAGAGUUCAGGUUUGUCCUUUCCUGUUUCAGACAGUUUUCUUAAAUUUGGUGCCUCAUGAAUACAACUCUUGUGUAAUGUCUGUUGUGUUUCUAUGGAUGAUUUUCCCCUUGAGGGAUAAUAACAUUUUCUACUUCUACUACCACUACAGUGAGAGCAGCUGCAACAAAGCGUUCUGUUACAGCCAGAGCAAGCUGGCUAAUCUUCUCUUCACCUGUGAGCUGACCCGGCGCCUGGAAGACGAGGGCGUCACGGGGGUCAUGGUCAACACACUCUCCCCAGGCAUGGUGAGGACCUCUCCUCUAACUGCCUCGCUGGCCUUCUUCAAGAGCCCACUGGAGGGCGCUUGGAUGCCGCUCAACCUGGCGUGUUCACCCGACAUGGAGGGAUUGGUGGGGAAGUGCUUCGCUAAUUGCGUGGACCUGAUGCCCAAGGUAAUGGAUGAUCAGUCGGUCAAGAGGCUGUGGGACGUGAGUGAAAGCAUGGUGGGAUCCAGACACUCUUCUGGAGACGAUCCGAGAUACUUUUCCCUGUGAAUCAAGUGGAUUGGGGGGAUGAUUGAUUGAGACUGUUUGGGAUUUCAUUGGAACUGGGAUCAGUGGGUAAAGUUCCCAAUGUUUUGAAUUAACCUUGGUGUGUGUGUGUGUGUGUGUGCAUCUGUGAGAGUGGGCAAAUAUUGUGUGGAUGGAGUGUGAGUGGGAUUGGAGGUGUGCAUGCCGAGAGUGCUCAUAAUGUGAGCAAUGUGCCUGUGAAACAGAGAAGAUCCAUUGAGAAUUUCUACAUGCAGUGUUCCAUGAAUGUGUAACUAAGUAUACCAGUUCCCAUAGGAACGUACUAGAUUAUAUGUACUGUACUUUUUUUCACCGGUGUUUACUGAAUCACAAAUUCACACAAUCAAAGUGGAGGGGAGCUAAUUCCUGAUAGCGAUUACCAAAGGGAAGCUGGACUGUCAUACUUGCUUUUAACGAGUGCUUACAUGUUUGGUUAUAGUGCUAUGGAAAUAUCCCCGGAGUGGUUUGAAAAGCAAGCCAAUUGAUAUCUAGUUCACCAGCUGUAUAUCAAUGCUAAGGCAGCUAAGCUCAUGCAUACUGCAUCGUGCAUUUGAAGGUGGGAAAAAAAGGAAUAGAGGACUGGUUGUGUUGUGUUGCCUAAUCCAGUUUUCCUCUCAUGAAGCGUUUGAAUUGUAAAUGCGUUGCCUUCUGCUGUGACUGGAUGCACAGGAACAAUUAAGUUCACAACGAGAUUCAGAUUCAGUUGGAUGAUGUUGCGACGUUGAUGCCGUGGUGGCUCCCUCCUCUGGAUAGAUGUAAUCUCUCAAGUAAUUCCCUUUUCGCUCCAGAGUGAGUGAGUGAGAGGGGGAGUGUGUUUUGAAUGUCAAUGCGGAGGUAUGGCUUAUGCUAUACAUUAACAAAAUAGUCGACAAUCCAAAGAUAGUUUCUCUACAUGUGUGCACACUGUUUGAUUUGAAUGCUUUUAAAACAAUAUUGUUUCUGCAAUCUUUUUAGCAAAUGGCACAAUUAUUAUCUUCCAUGCGCGUGCGCACGCGCACACACACACACACACACACACACAC